GCGUGCAUUGCCACAUUAACAGCAAAACGCUGCCGUGUCUGUUCGUUUCCUGGUGCCACAAACGUAGCCGAAUUUCCUUCCUAGCUUCGUCAUCAUUAGGUGGCAUCCGAACAAGUAGAUGACAAAAUAUUCCAGAAAAUACCAAUACCAAUACCAAACUUUCUAUCCACCGUGUCAAAUCUCGUUUCUCUCACCGCAAUGUCUCUCACCGCCAUUACAACCUUCCUUCUUCUCCUCCUCCUCCACUCAUCCUUAACCGCCGCCGCCGGCGACACUCCAACAGCAUACGAGGUCCUCGCAGGAUACAAUUUCCCAGUCGGUAUCCUCCCCAAAGGAGUAACCGGCUACGAACUAGAUAGAACCACAGGUAAAUUCCGCGCCUAUUUAAACGGUUCUUGUAGUUUUUCUCUACAGGGCUCUUAUCAGCUCAAAUAUAAAUCAACAAUUAGCGGUUACAUAAGCGAUAGGAAGCUGACGAACCUUAGUGGCGUAAGCGUGAAGGUGUUGUUUUUAUGGUUGAAUAUCGUGGAGGUUGUUAGAGCUGAAAAUGAUCUUCAAUUUUCUGUUGGGAUUGCGUCCGCCAGUUUUUCGCUUGAUAAUUUCUAUGUUUGUCCUCAGUGUGGCUGUGGAUUGGAUUGCAAUAACGUUGCUCAAGUAAGUAAACUUAGGAGCAAUCCUCUUCUUUCUUCAAUUUAGGGCUCCGUAUUUAUUGUAUUAUAUACAUAAGUUCGUUUGAUGAAUAUUUAUCUUGAAUGUUAUAUGUGGAAAUGGAUAUUGGUUUA